AUGACCUCCAGCAAAGACAUGAAGGCAGGGUCUGUGUUGCAAUCCAGUGGCGAGGAGCGGAGAGCGAGGGCGCCGUUGGAUCAGCUGCCCCCGCCGGCUAACUCCAACAAGCCGCUGACGCCUUUCAGCAUUGAGGACAUUCUCAACAAGCCCUCAGUCAAAAAGUCAGUGGCCAGUAUCUGUCCGCCGCGCGUCCUCGAGAAAGUGACGGCGCCCAACGCACCGAGGAACGGCAUCAGCACGCCCUCGUCCCCGCUCUGUGCACUAGAGGAACUGGCGAGCAAGACGUUCAAAGGCCUGGAAGUGAGCGUGAUCCAGGCAGCAGAAGGACGUGAGCACGUAAACUCGUUCGGCCAAAGACAGAGCUCAAAGAAGAGGAGAAAGUCCCGGACGGCUUUCACUAACCACCAGAUCUACGAGCUGGAGAAGCGCUUCCUGUACCAGAAGUACCUGUCUCCAGCCGACCGAGACCAGAUAGCGCAGCAGCUGGGCCUCUCCAACGCACAGGUCAUCACAUGGUUCCAGAACCGCCGCGCCAAGCUCAAACGAGACCUGGAGGAGAUGAAAGCCGACGUGGAGUCACUCAAGAAGCUCACCCCACAGACUCUCCAGAAGCUGGUCACCAUGGAGAGUCUGGAUGAGCAGGCUCAGGGCGCAGCGUCUCCGAGCGUGUCACCCACGUCUCCCCAGGGACACGGCGCCUUCCCGCAGUCCCCCUCCUCCUCCAGAGAUCACACCACGGACGAGUUCUCGGAGGACGACGAGGAGAUAGAGGUGGACGACUGAAAAACUUUGGCCACGUGGUGUCUAUUGAGAAGGUCAAACGGGGGCAUUUUCUUCCCAAACUUUUGCACGGAUAUUGUCACAGAGGAGAAUACGUAGAGACUCUUGGAUAUCCCUUUUCAGUUAUUCUAAUUUAUUCUUUGGACUCGUAGGUCUCAUCUGUGGAGUUACCUGCCCAUUUUGAACUGAAGAGACACAAUGACAUUCGGCCUCUAAGGGUUUAUACACGUUUCUUCGUAUGGAUGAAUUCAAGUACGGUUACGCGCCACUUUUUAGCGCAAAGUGGCACGCGCAGAGACCCUUUUAGUACAACUGCACACGUGUCUAGGUUUUGUACAUAGCCCCCUAUAAUAAUUUUAUUGUAACAUUCUAUUUA